AGUUGCUUUUGUGGCUCAGAAGAGCAGCGACAGCCAGACGAGCCGGAUGGCCUAAACGAAACGAAGAGCGACGCGCGGCCCAAAAAAAAAUAAAGAAGAAAGAAACAAACCAACAAAAGAGCCACAACAAUUUCUAUUACAAUUGAUAUUUAUUUUUGUUUCUGUUGAAUUUAGUGUUUAGUGAGUGCGGUUUUCGAUUUUCGUUUUGUUUUUGUUUUGGUGUUUUCUUGCCUCAAUGUGUGUGCCCGAAUGAAAGUGCCGCCAAUAGCUGCCACACUGCCACUGCCACUGCCACUGCCACACUGUCAACGUGAUCGUGACGAGCGAACGAAAGUGUGCCAGGCUUUCGAUUAAUUCUUGUGCGGCUAAACCCGUGUUGACUGCAAAAGUACAGAGCCAAAAAAAAGUUCGAGUAAACCCCCCGCGGCAAUCCAAAUCCCAACCACACACCCAGAAUGGUUGUUGUGCCCGCUGUCCUGUCCGUGGGCGGGCUCCUGUUCAAGGCCAGCAGCGCUGCCUCGGCGGGAGCGGCUGCCGUGGGUGCCUCCUCGCUGGGGCUGGCCAUUGCCGGCGCCAUCAAGCUGGCCACCGCCGUCGUGGGCGUGGGCAGGCUCACCAUUCUGCCCUUCCUGAUAGCGGCCAUUGCGUACUACAACUACGAUCUGUUCGAUCCGGAGAACCGGCCCUUCAAUGUGCCGCAGGUGGACCAGGCGUACGAUUUCAUCAUCAUUGGCGGCGGCUCGGCGGGCACUGUGCUGGCGUCGCGACUCUCCGAGAUUAGCCACUGGAAGAUCCUGCUGCUGGAGGCCGGCGGACACGAGACGGACAUCUCCGAUGUGCCGCUCCUCUCGCUCUAUUUGCACAAAAGCAAAAUGGACUGGAAGUAUCGCACCCAGCCGCAGGCCACUGCCUGCCAGGCCAUGAAGGAUCAUCGCUGCUGCUGGACGCGCGGCAAGGUGCUGGGCGGCAGUUCGGUGCUCAACACAAUGCUCUACAUACGCGGCAAUCGGCGGGACUUUGACCAGUGGGCGGCGUUCGGCAAUCCAGGCUGGUCCUACGAGGAGAUUCUGCCGUACUUCCGCAAGUCCGAGGAUCAGCGUAAUCCGUACUUGGCCAGGAACAAGCGCUACCACGGACAAGGUGGCCCCUGGACUGUGCAGGACUCGCCGUACAACACGCCGCUGGGUCCCGCCUUUCUGCAGGCCGGCGAGGAGAUGGGCUACGACAUUGUCGACGUGAAUGGGGAGCAGCAGACGGGCUUCGGCUUCUAUCAGUUCAACAUGCGCCGCGGCUCACGCAGCUCCACGGCCAAGUCCUUUCUGCGUCCGAUCCGGCUGCGCAGCAACCUCCACGUGGCGCUCUUCUCGCACGUGACCAAGGUGCUGACCGACCCGACCAGCAAGCGGGCCACGGGGGUGCAGUUCAUCCGGGAUGGACGGCUGCAGAAUGUUUAUGCCACGCGGGAGGUGAUCCUGUCGGCGGGUGCCAUCAGUUCGCCGCACCUGCUGAUGCUCUCGGGCAUCGGGCACGGGGAGGAGCUGAAUCGCUUCGGCAUUCCGCUGGUGCAGCAUCUGCCGGGCGUGGGGCAGAACCUGCAGGAUCACAUCGCCGUGGGCGGCAUUGCCUUCCUCAUCGACUAUCCCAUCUCGAUAGUGAUGAAGCGAAUGGUGAACAUCAACACGGCCCUGCGCUAUGCCAUCACCGAGGACGGGCCGCUCACCUCGAGCAUUGGCCUCGAGGCGGUGGCCUUUAUCAACACGAAGUACGCCAAUGCCAGCGAUGAUUGGCCGGACAUGAACUUCAUGAUGACCUCCGCCUCGGUGAUGUCCGACGGCGGAUCGCAGGUGAAGACUGCCCACGGGCUGACCGACGAGUUCUACCAGGAGGUCUUCGGGGAGGUCAACAAUCGGGACGUCUUCGGCAUCUUCCCCAUGAUGCUGCGCCCCAAGAGCCGCGGCUUCAUCAAGCUGGCCUCCAAGAACCCGCUGCGCUAUCCCCUGCUCUACCACAACUACCUCACCCAUCCGGACGAUGUGAAUGUGCUGCGCGAGGGCGUCAAGGCCGCCGUCGCCAUGGGCGAAACGGAGGCCAUGAAGCGCUUUGGCGCCCGCUUCUGGAACAAGCCGCUGCCCAACUGCAAGCACCUGACGCUCUUCACCGAUGACUACUGGAACUGCUACAUCAGGCAGUACACGAUGACCAUUUACCACAUGAGCGGCACGGCCAAGAUGGGUCCGCCCAGCGAUCCCUGGGCCGUGGUGGAUCCCCAGCUGAGGGUCUACGGCGUACCCGGCCUGCGGGUGAUCGAUGCCAGCAUCAUGCCAGCCAUCACCAAUGGCAACAUUCAUGCGCCCGUCGUGAUGAUUGGCGAGAAGGGAGCCGAUCUCAUCAAGCAGCUCUGGCUGACGCCCAGCUCUGGUCCCUCGCCACGGGACGGGCAGGGCCAGGGUCAGGGUCAGGGUCUGGGCAACAGGGGGUCGCCUCUGUGGCGAGGCAAGCGGGAGCUGCGAAUGGGAAAUGCCACCACCACAGACGACGAUGGGCAAGUGGAGGCGCUGCAGCAAUGGCCAUUGCCCACCAGCUCGUAGCUGUAGCUCGUAGAGUCAUGCGGGGGCAGGGGCGGAGCGGGGCGGGUUGGUGUCUGGGGUUGAGGGACUCAAAAGAUCAAAAGAUGGGAGCGAGCGAGGGGUCGCGUUGCCUUAGCCUUUAGUUUAGCACAAAUGUCCGCAUUGUUGAAUAAAUUUAAUUUAUUAAGCUUUAGUUUAUCCACUCAAUCCUCAUCCCCCCUGUACCCCUGUACCCCUCCUCCACCCAACGUAGUCUUAGUUAAACGCUUCAUGUAAAUAUCGAGUCAUUUAUGCUAAUUUUUCCUUAUUUUUUUUUGUUUGUUGCUGCGUCUCGUGUGUGUCUAAUACUGUACGUUACAUAUAUGUAUAAUUCGUUUUUUUUGUAUUGUUUUUACUUUUAGCAUUUAAUUUUGUUUGGGAGUACCUCAAUUAGUUGUUUAAGUUUCAGCGUAGAAGUAGCAUACGAUAGA